UUCUAGCCAGGCUAUUAUCGCCUGUCGCGUGCGACAUGCCUUCAGGCUUUGAGUUGUAUAUUCGACAUCCCUUAUUUCCCCCGUCAUCCCUUAAUUGCCAAAGCGACAUGUCAUAAACGCAUCCAAUUUAAACACCCUGAUUAAUCCGAUAGUGUAUUCGAGAGGCUGCCACGUGCUCGACCGAUAGUUUAUGUAAAGCGAUGUCGGUUAAGAUAACCAAUUAACCAAUGACAGCUCUAUGCUGAACGUGUGACGUUAAUUUAAUCGUAGCUCCGCCUUUAAAUCCUUUGACAAGCGGUAUCUUGUGAUGUGUACAUGAAAGUGAAUGUUUUCGUAAGUUUUAAGAUUAUUUAUGUCAUUAGAAUAUAAUGACAGAUGAUUCAACAAUUAUCGUCCGAAAGUUUUUCGCAAUCAAGGAAAGACAAUGGAAGGUACUAAGUCAAAAAUUGUGCAACUUUUGAACAAUUAUCGGCGUAAUCUUAAUGUUUUUCACAUGUAUGAAAUGUGUUUUCUGGGAUGGAAUAUCGAAAAGACAAUGCCAGAAUUAAUGUUUUCUGCCGUCACUUUCAAAAUAGAACUUGUAGAGAAAACUUUGAAAUACUGUGGAUCUAUUACUUAAUUAUUGAUGAUGCCUGGAAAUAAACGUAAAUCAGAGUGUGGGACAUUGUUAAACAUGAACUAUUUCAAGAAGCUCCGGAAGGAGAACAAUGUUAGUGAUUCAAUAAUAGAGGAGACUGUGAGUUGUGAAAAGCGCGACGAUUCUGUAAAUGAAUUCAUUCCUGGACCAGGUACACCGGAGAAAACUGUCACAAAUCCAGAUUCCCACCCAGCCACGCCGAAUGGCCAAAGGAAAUCUGGCAUUGAUCCCAAAUGGAAACCAGCGUUUCCCUGGAUGACAGUUUCUGAGAACGGCCAAGGUAUGUUGUGUUCACUUUGUGUUAAGCAUCAGAAAAGGCCAAAGAAGUGUGUUCCUGGUAGAGCCGUGUGGGUUGACAUUCCAUGUACAUCUAUAAGGCGAUCCUCUCUAGUUAAUCAUAAGGACUCCGACUCACACAAGGAAGCAGUGGUGUUUGACGUUGCAGAAGCAAAAACAGGUGGUGGGAUCGAGGCUGGUUUCGUGAGGGAAGAACAUGUGAACCGUGAGGCAAUGAAAGCAUCCAUGACACUGCUGUACUUUCUGUGUAAAGAGGAAAUUCCCCACACCACCAAACACAAACCAUUAGUGGAUGUAGCCAAGACAUUAGGAGUGGAUGUGCUAAAUAGUUUGGAGAAGGGGGGUAAUGCCAAGUACACAUCAGAUGAUCAUGUGCAGGAAGUGGUGAACAUUUUUGGUGAUACAAUAUGGGAGCCCAUAAGGCAGGAAAUUCAGGAUUCUGUGUUCUAUAGUGUUAUGGUUGAUGAAACAACAGAUAUAAGUGUUACAUGUCAGUUAAUUUUGUAUGUUAGGUACCUUAAGGAUGGCAAGAGUAAGACUGUGUUUGCGGAAACUAUUAGUAUUCCAAAUGGUAAAGCUGAUACGAUAAAAGAAGCCAUCAUAGGAUUCCUGCACAAGAACCAGCUACCGCUAGAUAAACUUUGUGCCUUCGGCAGUGACGGUGCUGCAGUUAUGGUUGGGAGAAAAGCUGGGGUCUCCAGACAACUCCAGAACUUGGUGCCACAUCUCAUCUCUAACCACUGUGUUGCUCAUCGCCUAGCUCUUGCUGCUUCACAAGCCGCUGCCCACAUCAAGUACCUUGAUAAGUUUAAGAAGAUCGUCGAGCAACUCUUCAGAUUCUACAACUACAGUGCUGUACGAACAGCAUCCUUGAGGGAAAUUCAGACUGUCCUGAAUGAGCCAGCUGUGAAGAUCACUGAGGCCAAAGAUGUUAGGUGGUUGUCUCAUGAUAAGGCCGUGCGAGCACUGAGGCGUUGUCUUCCAGCAGUAAUUACCAGCCUUGAAUUUGAAGCCGCAAAAGGUGAUGCUCAGGCCCAGGGAUUGUCUUGCUUUGUACAACACUACGAGUUUGUUGCUGCUCUGCUCAUGAUGUCAGAUGUUCUGCCAGUACUCUCAGCGUUGUCACGUGCCUUUCAGACCCGAGAUGGUACAUACAGUCUGGUUGGUAGCCUAGUGUUGGGAACCAUUUCCACUGUGAAGACUCUGAAGGAAAACCCUGGGGAGCACUUUCACAGCCUGUCCACUGUGAUGUCAGACCUUGUUGAUCAGCCAUUCAAGUUCCAUCCCCCCACAGACAGAGAGACUGAGCACUUCAUGAAGAAUGUGUACAACCCUUUCUUCGACUCUAUUGUACAAAAUCUUGAGAAGAGGUUUCCAAAUAUCGCGGAGUUAGAGGCAUUCUCUGUAUUCAGUCCACAGCUAUGGCCAGAAGACAGUGAAGAGUUUGCCGAGUAUGGGAAAGAUGAGAUUCAGAUGCUGUCUGUCCGAUUCCAAUCAUCAUUAAAUUGCCAAGCUGAUGUACAGUCCGAAUUCCAGUUGUUGAAGAACACUGUCCGCAAUGACCAGAAACUUGUGCAAGAACCAGCCAGCAAGAUCAUGGAGACAGUAGCAGGGCCUCUUUCAGAAACACUUCCCAACCUGGCCAAACUGGCAUCUGUUGGUCUCAUUAUCCCAACCUCUACUGCUGAUUGUGAAAGGGGCUUCUCAGCACUGAAGAGAAUCAAAACUGACAUAAGGAAUCGUAUGAAGGACUGUACACUGAACUCUCUUCUGCAGAUAGCAAUCGAAGGCCCAGAGGUCAUCAAUUUUCCAUAUACCACUGCAGUGGACAAAUGGGCUGGUAGAAAAAACAGAAGACUAAAACUUUAAACAACAAAUUUGUGCAGUGCUAAGAUUGUGUUGUUUAUGUACAAUGAAUAUUGAGCAGUGAACAUUUUCAGAAGCUUAAAAUGGAUAGGUUAACAUUGUCAUUACUAAGCAGAUAAACUCUAAAGGAAUAGAAGACUGUUGUUUCAUGUAAUAUAAAUAGUAAGCAUUGUCAGAAACUUAAGUUUACAUUGUCUUCAGCAAUUAACUACAGAGGAAUACUUUCUCUAUUUUGUUCUUGUUGUGCAUGAAAAUGAUGCUUAUUAAACAUUGAAAAAAUCUCUGUGUUUUUCACUCUCAAAUGCACCAGAAUGCACCAAAAUUAGUUGUAAUAACACAAAAUUUC